AUGCACGAUCUGAAAAAAGAACAACCGUUUGGAAAGAUAAUCGCAUGUAUAUACACAAUUGAGUUCCAAAAAAGAGGACUGCCUCAUGCACACUUACUACUUUUCUUGCAUUCGACAUUGAAAAAUCCUUCAGCAGACCAUAUUGAUAAUAUAAUAAGCGCGGAAAUCCCGAACUUAAAUGUUGAUCCUGAUGGUUAUAAUGCCGUCAAUAAAUUUAUGAUUCAUGGACCUUGUGGAAAACUUAAUUCAAACUCUCCAUGUAUGAUGCAAGAUAGGUGCACAAAACAUUUUCCAAAAAAAUUCAAUGAUCAAACCACCAUCGACACAGAUGGCUUUCCAGUCUACAAAAGGAGAAAUAUAGGUAUUCAUGUUGAAAAAAAAGGUGUCAUUUUAGAUAAUCAAUAUGUAGUCCCUUAUCACAGGAAUUUGGUUGUCAAAUUUGAUGCACAUAUUAAUGUCGAGGUUUGCAAUUACUCUAGAUUAGUCAAAUACCUUUUCAAAUAUGUUCAUAAAGGGUCUGACAGAACUACUGCAACAAUGGAAUCUAUUGACACUACCAAAGAAAUAGAUGAGAUAAAAACAUAUUUGGAUUGCAGAUAUAUCUCGGCAACUGAAGCUUGUUGGAGAAUAUUCCAAUUUGACAUACAUUACAGACAGCCAGCAGUUGAAAGAUUACCAUUCCAUUUACUUGGAGAGCACACAGUAAUAUUCGAAGAAAACAAAUGUGUUGAAAAUGUUGUUUGCAUGCCUGGAAUAGAAAAAACAAAGUUCACUCAAUGGUUGGAGGCAAACAAGAAUUAUGAUGAUGCACGAGAGCUAACUUAUUCGGAUUUCCCUAUAAGUUGGGUUUGGAAUUCAAAGGAGAAAACAUGGACUAGGAGAAAAAAUGGAUUGGCAAUUGGAAGAAUUUACUUCGCGCAUCCUUCGACUGGAGAACGCUUCUAUUUGAGAAUGUUGUUAAAUUUUGUCAAAGGGAGCACUUCUUAUGAAAGUAUUAGAACAAUAAAUGGGGUGACAUAUCCUAAUUUUAAAGGCGCAUGCUAUGCUUUGGGAUUGUUAGACGAUGAUAAAGAGUGGAUAGAUUGCUUGACUGAAGCUGCAAUAUGGGCAACUGGAAAAGAAUUAAGACAUCUUUUCGUCACGAUACUCAUUCACUGUCAGGUUUCUGAUGCGUCACAAAUUUGGAAAUCUAAUUAUAUUGCAUUGUCAGAAGACAUAACUUCAUUGCAAAGGAAGAGAUUUAGAAUGAAUGAUCUUAAGUUAAUUGAACAACAAGUUGAAGCAUACACAUUGUUCGAGAUUGAAAGUAUCAUGCUGAAGAUGGGAAAAAGUUUGAAAGAUAUAGAUGGAAUGCCCCUGCCUAAUCCAUCUUUGAUAAGAGACUCGGGUAAUAGAUUGGUUAAUGAAGAGCUUGAUUGUGACCGAGAUCAAUUAAAGAUAUUGCAUGAGAAAUCAUUUGCUGCUCUAAAUCCUUGCCAAAAAUUAGCUUAUAAAGCAAUAGUAUAUUCAGUAGAGAAUGAACAAGUCUUGCCUGUAGCAACUUCAGGCAUAGCUGCUUUGUUAUUGCCUAAUGGUAGGACAGCUCAUUCACGAUUUCAUAUUCCCUUGAAUGUUACAGUAGAGUCGACUUGUGAAAUUCGACAAGGCACCCUACUAGCUGGACUUCUUAUGAAAACUUAUUUGAUCAUUUGGGAUGAAGCACCUAUGGCAAAUAAGUUCUGCUUUGAAGCUUUGGAUAAGACCUUAAGAGAUAUUCUAAGAACAAGGUUUGAAAAUAGCUCUAACAAACCUUUUGGAGGACUUACAAUAGUGUGUGGUGGUGAUUUCUGA